ACAAAUGAGGCAUGACGUCAAUGUUGUGCCUGAGCGCGCGCUGGUUGGUGCGUUCGCGAGCGCUUCUGACGGUCGUUCUGUAUUGAAGCGGUGUAGGAGAGUGAGAGUUUACAGCUGCAGCAUCACUUCCUAUAGCGCACCCAAACUGCGAGGACACCACUUCAUCCGAAGCAAACCCAUUGGAGUGUACAAUCACCUGCGAGGCUGUGACUGCACUUUCUCUGAAGCAGACAAGAACCCAACGAAAUAUUUAUUUAUUUAUUAGCUACGAAAGGGAAUGCCAUCUAUAAAUAUGAAACUGGAGAUGGUGACCAUUAUCGCCUGCGAGGUAGAUACCGACGUGUUUACGUCCGACAAAAUGCAGGAGCGGUUUGAGGCCUUAUUCAGGAUCUAUGACGAGCAGACAUCCUUCCAGAUGUUCAAGAGCUUCAGGCGAGUCCGCAUCAGCUUCAGCACUCCGGAGGCGGCCGCCCGCGCUCGUGUCGAGCUCCACGAGACUGAGUUCAACGGGAAGCAGCUCGAGCUUUACUUUGCCCAGACAGGUGAAGACGAUUAA